CGAUCGCUCCGCCAGCAAUCGCGUGAGUAUCUGCACCCAGGCAGCCAAAGCGGUUGCACUUUUCAGAGCUGAUGGCAUUAGUUCCAUCAAGCUUUCCAUAAGUCACGGCAGCAGCAGGGCGGCAAUCAAUUUCCACACCUCGGUGCCUCUUAUAUUGGCAAUUCAAGAUGAUGAGCACGGAACGCCUUGCGCAUCUGUUGCUUGCUCUGAUCUGGAUCUGGUUUUGCUCUGCAGUGGGAUAUGCCGACGGCCUCGAGAAUGGACUAGCCCGAACCCCUCCAAUGGGCUGGAUGCCGUUCGAGAGAUUCCAAUGUACUGUUGACUGUGUUCACUACCCUAGGGAUUGCAUCAGUGAGUCGCUCUUCAAGCGCACAGCAGAUCUGCUAGUGUCCGAGGGCUAUGCGGCCAUGGGAUUCCAGUACUUGAUAAUCGACGACUGCUGGAUGGAAAGUUUUCGCGAUACGAUCACUCAAAAGCUCCUUCCCGACAGGGAGCGUUUUCCCAGCGGAAUGGCCGCCCUGUCCCACUACAUUCAUGGACGAGGCCUGAAGUUUGGGAUAUACCACGAUGUGGGGAGGAAGACUUGUAUGUUCGGGGGUCCUGGGGCUCUGGGGCACUUUCAACUCGAUGCCCAGACCUUCGCCGACUGGGGCGCUGACUAUGUCAAGUUGGACGGCUGCUAUGCCACUGGAUACGAACGGGACACAGGGUACCCCGCCUUUGGCAAGGCCAUGAACCGGACUGGUCGGCAAAUGGUCUACUCCUGCAGUUGGCCGUUCUACAAAGAGAAGCCUGAUUACAGGUUAAUAGCGAAGCACUGCAAUCUCUGGCGGUUUGCAACGGACAUCAAGGACUCGUACACAUCAGUCUUUGAAAUAAUGGAACUCUACCGCAGAAACCAGCAGCAGUUGUUGGCCCACGCUGGCCCAGGUCGAUGGAAUGACCCGGAUAUGCUGGUCUUGGGCAAUUUCCAUCUGAGCUACGAUGCCAGCCGAUUGCAGCUGGCCAUAUGGUCGGUGAUCGCGGCUCCGCUGAUAAUGACCAAUGACUUGGAGACUGUGCGUCCCGAAAUAAAGCAACUUCUGCAAAACCGAGAGAUCAUAGCUAUAAAUCAGGACUUGCUUGGGAUACCGGGCAGGUGCGUGAGGACAUCGAAACACUUCCAGGUCUGGCUACGUCCAGUCACACCAGUCAACGACCUUGGCAGGCACUCCUUUGCAGUGGCUUUUGUCAAUCGGGGGAACUUCUCCCACUGCCCCUUGUGCCCUCGCCAAUUCCAAGUCGUCUUGGAGCAUCUAGGCCUGGACAGCCCCACGGGCUAUUAUGUUGUGGACCUGUUCAAGAGCAGUCGACACCUGGGAAUGUUCAAGCCGAACGACGCCUUCAGCACUCGAAUCAAUCCAGAGGGAGUUACGUUCUACAAGUUCACAGUUGCACCACUCCUCUGACUGUCAUAAAUACAGCCAUGAAUACAUCAGUCACCUA